AUGCAACUUGUAGAACAUAUUAAGAUGCGACUUCAAGAUGAAAAUCAUCUUUAUAUAUAUUUUCUAUUUAUUUUAAAUUUGUAUAGAAUGGGAAAAUUAUCAGCCAAUGAGGUCCAUAAGAAUGUUGCUGAUCUUUUUCAAGACCAUCACGACCUAAUUACUGAGUUUACCAACUUUUUAUCUCAAUGCCAUGCAAACUCCAUUGGAACCAUAACACUCGCAAUGAACACUCAAGCUCAUCAACAAAAAGGAGAAGUCUUCAGUCUAAAGAGGUGA